CUGGGUCACUCGAAGAAAAGAAUUGCUUCAGCCUACAACCAAAGAGGCACCAGAAGAUAGGCAACUGCUGGAGCAGGAAGGCACAACAUCUACAUGUACCAGCAUCAUGGUGAACCUGGAGAUGAGGGGAUUCCCUUGGAUGAUCUCCAACAGAUCAUUCAUGAUCGAGAUCCCCGCAGAAGACAGGAGCUCGAAGAUCAAAAACAAAAGUUUACCGCUUCUUCCAGAGCAGUCAAUGCACGCCAACAGGACGAUGAAUUUUUGAUGGGCAUGGUGGCCCUGCGAAGUCAUGACAGCCCUGUAACAACUUAUGAAAUAGAAAAGGGUAAUAUUUCCAAAACUACAAGCUCCCCACAAGCACUGGUAGAUGAGAAUCGCACCAACCGGCCCGAGGUCCUUUACGACGAGAGAGGUUGUGUCAUCAAGACUCCGACUACCAUUUCUGCCAAUUCGCUAUUACCGGGUGCCUAUCCAGGAUUGCCCGGUGCCGUGGAUAACCAACAUUUUUCACGCCAAGAUGGUUGUAUUGAGGAUGAAAACCAAGCAAACCACGAGGACGGAAGCAACGUGCUGGAAGGUACUUUGGAAGCUACAUCAAAGAGCUCCUGUGCAUCAAACAAGCUUGUGAUUGGGGUUAUCGUUAUCGUUGUCAUUGCAUUGGCAAUCGCCAUCCCAACAGCGCUCCUAACGGGUGGCAGCCCUUCUGAAAAAAUGACACAAUCCGAUGCCGAUCUCUACCUGGUACCAAAUAUAACAAAUGACACCAUCCAGGCAAUACAGGAUCCACAAUCGCCUCAACAUUUUGCCUAUGAGUAG